AUGGAGUUUCUGCGACGGACACGGGGUAUUCAUAUCCUCAUACGUGCUCUACGAGGACGCCGAGACUUGCAAUGGAGCCUUCGGGGCCUUCGCCAACCCCUGCACUUGCAACUACGUGCCAACUCGACGCUCCCUGAAUCGCAACCGACCGCCAAUAUACCCGCGUCGACGGGAGUCCGUCUUCGUGAUUACCAGAAAGAAUGUAUCCAGGCUGUGCUCAGUUACGUGAGUCAGGGCCACAAGCGGCUAGGGAUCUCGCUGGCAACGGGUGCAGGCAAGACGGUCAUAUUCACGCAGUUGAUUGAUUAUAUCCUGCCACCCAAUAGCACCGCGCUCCAGACGUUGAUCAUUGUCCACCGCCGAGAGCUUGUGGAGCAGGCUGCUCGUCAUUGCCGACUGGCAUAUCCAGAUCGCACCGUGGAGAUUGAAAUGGGCAACAGCAAGGCCUCGGGACGAGCCGAUAUCACGAUCGCCUCGAUCCAGAGCUUGGUGUCCAAGGAUCGAAUGGAAAAAUUUGAUCCGGCUCGCUUCAAGCUCGUGCUAGUCGACGAGGCGCACCAUAUCGUGGCGGCAUCGUACCGAAAGGCUUUGGCCCAUUUUGGACUGGACAGUCUAUCCGACAAUUCCCCCAUCCUGGUUGGCGUGUCUGCCACCUUUUCACGCUUCGACGGGCUCAAGCUUGGGGCAGCGAUCGAUCAGAUAGUGUUCCACAAGGAUUACAUCGACAUGAUCGACGAGAACUGGCUGGCGGAUGCCGUGUUUACCACUGUCCGGUCUGAGGCGGAUCUUUCCAAGGUCAAGAAGGACAAAUUCGGCGAUUUCGCCGUCGGGCCGCUCUCCGAGGCUGUCAACACUGAGCUCACGAACAACAUCACCGUCCGCGCAUGGCUGGCGAACGCGCACGAGCGCAAGUCGACCUUGGUCUUCUGCGUCGACAUAGCGCACGUCAGAGGACUGACGGACACGUUCCGCGCACACGGUAUCGACGCGCGGUUCAUCACGGCCACAACGCCCAAGGAGACCCGGGCGGAGGAGCUGCGUGCCUUCAAGGAAGGCGAGUAUCCGGUGCUUCUAAAUUGCGGCCUAUUUACGGAGGGCACAGACAUCCCCAAUAUCGAUUGCGUGCUGCUUGCGCGCCCGACGAGAUCAAAGAAUCUGUUGAUCCAGAUGAUCGGGCGAGGCCUCCGGCUGUAUCCUGGGAAGAAAGACUGCCACGUUAUCGACAUGGUGGCCAGUCUGCGGACAGGCGUUCUGUCUACGCCCACGCUGUUUGGCCUACAUCCCGACGAGGUCCUCGACAAAUCAAGCGGGAAAGAUCUCAGCGAGUCGCCAAAUCGAGUGCUUUUCAAUAAUGAUAGAGAAAUGACGGCAGUAGAGGAAGGCACCCGCAACGAGCCUGAAGACGUCAGUCUUACCUUCACCAAAUACGACAGCGUCUUUGACCUGCUCAGCGACAGCAUCUCCGAGCAGCACAUCAGGUCCAUCAGCCCACAUGCAUGGGUUCGCAUCGGGCCGGACAAGUACAUCCUCUCCGAGUCCGCCGGCUGGAUCACUAUCGAGCGAGAGACGGAAAACGAGCCUACCAGCAAGUCUACCAACAAGUCUACUGACCCCGACCCCAACAGCUUUGCGGUGCGCCUGGUGCUGAAAUACCACGACCCAACCGGCGGCGAAUCGAAACACACUCGGCCCCGCGUUAUCGCCCGGGGCGCCGACCUCGAGGCAGCCGUGCACGCUGCCGACACCUUUGCAAGCAAGAGGUUCCAGAGCCACCGCAUCUCGACCCGGCUGCCCUGGCGCAAGGCCCCCGCCACGGCCGCGCAGCUCAAGCUUCUCAACAAGGCGCACAUCCGCCCCGCCGCCGACCUGGCCGCGGGCGAGAUCAACCGCGGCCAGGCGGCGGAUAUGAUCACCAAGCUCAAGUUCGGCGGGAAGAAGCAGUUCGGCGAGAUGGAGGCGCAGAAGCGACUACGUGAACGGCAGCAGGCUAAGGUCCGGGAUUUUGAAGAACUCAAGAGACGUACGGAUGUGAGAGUGGGGCCACUACUUACUUAA